AUUUAGAAAUAUCUUCGUAUCCCAAAUAUCAUGUGGCAAUAAGCCCCGAUGGUAAACAUGUUGUCACUUUUGAUACUGAUACACUUGAAUUGAGUACAUGCAUGAUUGACAGUUUAGAUCAAGCUAAAGCCAUAAAAUAUGACGCAUUAUCAGUUGACACAACAUUAAAAUUGGUUUGGUCGUUAGCGGUCUCUAAUUCAAUAGAUACUAAUGGCAAAACAGAAAUAUUAAUAGCAUUAUCAUGUUUCGAUGAACAUACAAUGAUGUUGAAUCAGAAUAAUAAUAACAUUGAAGAAGGUCAAGGAAGUUAUGAUAAUAGAUAUCAAAGAAUAAUAACAAAUGACGAAGAAAAUUGUUAUAGCAAGAAAAACUAUUCAGAAACUUGGAUAUUUUCUACUAGACAUACAAAGAGAAUUACGACAACAAUUGAUGAAAUUGGUGGGCUAGUAAAAUUUUUAAAUAAUGAUAGUAAAAUAACAGCAAAUGAUAACAAUCAUGCAAGCGUUAUUGUUUUGAAUGCUACAGGAAUUUAUAAAACUACUUUUAAUGUUUCUACAACGGAAAAUGAAUCGAAAAAUAAUGGAAUGAUGGCAAAAGUAAUUAAUUCAAUAGACGAUAUCAAUAAUAUGUUGUCUUUAUUUUUUAAUGAUUUAACAGCAACACCUCAUGAAGAGUUCUCUUAUCCACCAAAGAUUCAAAUGGAAUUGAAAAAAUUAUACCAGAACAUUUCUUGUCUGGAACUAUUAUCGCGUAGUAUUGAGAAUGAUUAUUUUUUGGUGGAGGAUUAUAAAAAUAGAAUACAAGUUGUAGAAAUGUACAACUUAAAUACCAGUAAGUUGGAUAUGAUAUUCCAUCAACAUGAAGAUAUUGUCAAUACUUCAGUUGGUCAUGGUAGUCCUGCCGUUUCCAUAUCCAUCCAUAAAACAUUACUGGCUUACUGUAGAGGUUCAAACUUUAUGUCUAUUUAUUUGAUGGAGAACAGUUUGGAGAUCGCUAGUCGUCAAUUCAAUCAUCUCGAAAAAAUCCUGUCAAUAGAUUUUGUUAAUGAUGAUGAGUCUUUAUUGAUAAUCGCUGUUGAAAAAGAAAGAUCAACCCCAGUGAUUAUUGUAUGGGACCUUUUCACUUAUUUUAACGAUUCUAUACGGAUAUUGAAGGACUCAAGUCAAGUUUUUCCUAGCUCGGGUCAUCGCUUAGUUAGAUCAUCCGGUAAAAUUUUAUUGAUUGAUGAAAGUGGUAAACUUAAAUCUAUUCUAAAAGAUAAGUCCCUAAAAUACUUAUUAAAGCCAAAUAGAACAUCCGAUAAAUUGAUAGAAUUGCCAUUACAAGAACUUUAUGAAUCUGAAUGGGACCAGGCUGUAGCUCAUACCGUAUUUGAUCAGAGUGAUAAAUAUGAUGUAGACAACCUAAAAAUAAGAAGCAAUGUUAUAGCUCAUAAUAAAGAACCUUGGAAUCAUAAUAGAAAUUAUAAUCGUAUAUCAGCAUUUUUAAAUAAAGAAAAAACUUUACAAUUAUUUAUUGGCGAGUCUACAGUUCAAGUCUGGUAUAAGAGGAAGUUGAAAGAAGGUAAUGAUAGUUACGAUCCGAAAGGUUCAAAAUCAAUAUUGAAAUAUAUUUGGACAAAUCCAACCAAGGAAAAAGCUCAUUUAAAAUCUUUGAAAAUUGGCGAUAGAGAAUUUAUAGUUAGAUUUGGAUUUGGAUCAAAUUCAUAUAGCAACGAAAAACCAAUAGAGAUUCAUUGGCCAUAUGACGUCAAUGCUAUCAAAGACGCAUGUUCAGCAUUGCAUUAUUUCUACACUAGAAGAGAUGACCCAGCUGGACCCAAAAAACAACAACAAUUUGAAGAUUUAAUAGCACAAACAGAGACAAUUGUCAUUAAAUUCAUCAAAAGAAACCCCUCAGUGUGGAAAAUGAUUGAUGUACGUUAUGAAGUUAUGGCCAAUCUAAUAUCGGGUAGACGUAUAUCAUUGAUACAAAACAUCUUAAACCCCGACAAAAUGUUUUUUAAAAAUCAAAAGGAUUUAAUAAUGUUUUUACACACUCCUAGAUUAUACGAAUGGCCUCGUAAACCGAAAGAGAGUGACUUGGAAGUUGCUAUUAAAUGUAGUGAAAAAAGACAUAAUAAAGAUUUGAUAAUUGUGUCAACCCUACUGGAUUAUUAUUCUGAGAAUGCUAUGGAUAAUACAGGAUGGAUGUUUUCUGUAAGCCGUGCAAUACCUUUAUUAUUGGAUCACCAAACGUUCGUCAAAGAUUUAUUUUCUAAACCAUGUUUUGGAGCCAAAGAAAUACAUGUAGAUGAAUCAUAUAUUAGUCCGGGAGAUUUGCCAAGAGGCAAAUCCAAAUAUGUUAGAGCGUUUGAUGCAAAGAUGGUAUUAAAACGUAAAAUAAAACCCGUGGAAGAAAACCGAUCUACAAAAAACAGCAGCCAUCAAUUAUCAGCAUUACAAAAAGUCAUACCAGGUUUAGAUCGUGCAAAUUCUUCGUCGUUGAUAGCUUUAAGGCUUGCGCCAUUACCUGACUUCACUGUUUACCCCGAAAAUGUUAAACCCCAAAAUGUCAAUUACAGGUUUCUACCAUUACAACUUUUAAAGAUAUUGAUAUGGCCGCGUAACUACACAAUCACAAAAGAUCAUAAAUUGAGCCCGUUCAUAAGAACUAUUAGAAAAGAUAAAAACGGCAUAACACUUGAUAAUCCUUCCGUUGAGGCAAUUAUAGAUUUUAAAUGGAGAGCAGCGAGAAAUCAUUUUAUCAGACAUUGUAUAUUAUAUUCUAGUUUUGCAUUAUUGUUUGGUGUAAUAACAGGGGCAGUUAAAAAUACAUUUUUCACUCAACAUCAAAAAGAUUCGUCAGGAUAUGGAAUAGAAAUUCUAUCAUAUUUAUUAACAACUAUAUUCUAUUAUUUAGGAUAUUAUUUAUUGGCAAUUGAAUUAGUACAAUUUAGACAUGAGGGUUGGAGAAGAUAUUUUAGUGUCUAUAACUUUUUUGAUAUAGCAUCAGUUAUUAUGCCACUUGCAGCUUAUUCAGUGGGGUUGAUUAGAGCUAAAUAUGAUGCAGAUGAUCCCAUUACAUCGGGGAGACAACUAACCAUCGCUAUAUCAUUUACAAUAUUGGUUAUGUGGUUUGAAUUGUUUUUGCUUUUAAGAUUUUUUUCAAUUACGGGAUAUUAUAUUUAUAUUAUAAUUAAUAUUGUGAGGAUUGUUUGGCCAUUUAUAGCAUUUAUGUGCAUAGUAGUCUUAGGAUUUGGUCAUGCAAUGUAUGUUUUACUACGUUAUCCGGAAGAAAUAGGAGUAGCUCCCGAUGGGAAUCAAUACCAAUAUACAGAUCCUGCCACAAAUGCUAAUGUAACUAUAGAUGCGUCUUAUCAAUUGGAUAAAAUUAGUGACAAUCAAUUUUCAAAUUUCUUUACGUCGGUUUUUGCUGUGUAUUUUUGGAUAAAUGGACGAUGGGAUCAAUUGGAUCAAUGGAUGACUUUUGUACCAGUCAAUAUUCUAUCAAUUGGUGCAAGUGUUUUAUUGGUCAUUAUUUUGCAAAAUAUGUUGAUCGCUUUUAUGACGGGGGUUUUUGAUGAUGCAAGACAUGAGGGUAGACAUGCAGUGCUUAGAUAUAGAGCUGAUUUAAUAUCAGACUAUGAGACAUUAGAGAAACCAUUUGGAGAUCGAAAAGGCAAUCCACGUCAUAUAUUUUAUAUUGGCGAUACAAAUAAAUUUGCCGAAUGGUUGAGUAAAUGUGAACAAUACAAAACAAAAAUAACGGAAUAUAUUACUCAAAACUUUUCAACGUAUUAUAUAUGGAAUAGCAAAAUAAAAGACAAUACUGAUGGCAAUGUUGGUUCUUCCAGUUCUAAAUCGAAUAUUCAACGACGAUCUUUAUUGCCAAUAGAAGACAUUAUAAAAUCUAAUAAAGAUAAGGAGAAUACUAUUAGUAGUAAUGAUGAUUUUGUAGAAGAUGAAAACAAUGGAGAAAAGAAUUGA